CUAUAUCUAGAACCUCCAUUCUUGAACAUAGAUCGAUAACGAUAACAAUUACAAUAAAUCGACGCGCACAAGAUCCAAACAAAAUUGCGAAUUGAUUUAAAGCAUAUUCGUAAAGAUAAGUUUACCGUUAAUGCCCCAACGAGGCCUCCAAAAUGGCUGAUCAUAAGUAUAGGCUUUUCAACGCGGUCGAUCCGAGCAAAGUAAAAGUUCCCUUCAACCAGAAAUUCGCCAAUUUGACGCUAUCCUCUCUUAAAAACCGACAACAGGUGUCCUUGAAGCCGAAGGAUCAGCCAGAGCGGAAGAAUCCUCGGGAAAAACGUCUGCAGGAAACAGAUAUUGACACCAUGCGCGUAAAUGUGGGUGCUCCGCUCUGCGGAGAAAAUCCGAAGGAUUCGCAACCGGAUCUCGAUAGUUCCGAUUACAUGGACGCCCUGCAGCUGAGCGCCGAUGGCUGCAGCCAGGACGUAGCCAAUGUGGCGGAUAUGGAGCAAAUCUCCGCCGGCAUCAGCAAUUUGACAAUGCAGCCAAAGGAGCAGCAAGAGAUCUCCAUUUGCAUUUCCUCCACCACGGACGACGCCUCCUGCAUUACCAUAUCCGAUUCCAGCGAGGACGAGGAGGAGCCCCUGCCCCCCGAUAGCAUGGCAGUUAGUGAUCGAACACCCAUUUCCGAUCAGGAGGCCAUACCGCCGCCCACACUUACCACCGGAAAGGUCCAGCGCAUCGAGGCCUUCCUGCGUGAUGUGUCCAUGGAGAGACGCGAGAUGGAGAGGAAUGGCCCCCCUACACCAUCUCCCCUCUCGUCCACCAAGAGGCAAUCCCGUCUAGCAGAGGCCGACACCGAAUCCAUGUCACCCAGCGACGAGGCUAGUUACCGCCAGCCUCCGGUUACCCGACCGAUUGACAGCAGCAAGCGACUGGCAGACAACGAGACGCAGUUCGGUACCAUUUGCUCAGCGGAGUUGACUCAAAUGGACUGCAGCAAGCGGUUGGCGGACGACGAAACGGAGGCAAACACCUUGGAAUCCGAGGAUCUGAAAUUAAGGGACGUCAGCAAGCGGCUGGCGGACAACGACACCGAACUCAACACGCUUUAUUCCAAUAGCUCCGGCAGUCACAACUCGACACUGCACGAGGAGGAGGAGCAGCUCGUUCCAGAGGAAUCCAUUGAGAUACCGGAAACCGGUAGCGAGGGCGAGCCAACGCCACAGAAACCCAGCUCCUCCGGCUUUUCAACAUCGGGCGAAGACGAACUUGGAUCCAUCCAAGUGAGCAGUAUAAAUAUAUCAGCCAAGAUAAAUAUCAAAAUCAGCAUUCCCACAAUGGAGUCCAGUUCGACGACGGAUGAUGAACAGCAGUACCCUUCACCCAGGGCCACCAAGUCCCUCCCUAGCUCUGAGGCAGUGCAGCACCAGCGGCAACAGGAGCGGCCGGUGCUCCAAAAAUCCAUGCUGUCCACGGAUGAUGCUUCCGAAGAUGAGCAGUUCCUCACCCAAGCCGAGAAGCUGCUAAAUCAGUUGUAUGGCAAGUCCUGGCAGACACCAGAUGUGAUCCGCACCUUAAAACGUUCCAGUGGCAGUGGCAGAAAAGCGGCGGCUCCUUUACGGCCCAGGAAUACUCCGGCAAUAGCGGCUACCACCGUUAAAAAGAAGAAACCUCCUCCUCCACCAAUUAGAGCAGAUGAAAGUGCCCUCGGGGAUUUCAGCAUAUUUACGAGAGCCCUACGCUCCACAAAUCAGACUCCCUUGAAUUCCACCCGUCUGCCACCAGUGCGGGCUGUACAAACGGAGGGGCGUUUGCGAACGCAAAAGCCAGUGACACGACCGCGGACCAAUCAUGUGGACGAGGAUCGCUGGCGUAUGCUCAUAGAUUCUGAAAGCGGCACAGAUGCCUCCGACGACGAUGAUGCGGAUGCCACAUUCAGCGAAAGUGGCUGUAAUACCAGCAGCGAUUCCGACGAGCAGGGUAAGCAGGACAAGCAGAAGGCUGGCGAUAUUACAUACCUGGAUCUGACAAAGGACGAGGUGGAGGUGAUCAGCAAUCCCGACGAGGAUUCGAAGACCCCAAAAUUCCAUCGCCGCCUGGACGACAUACUACGCUCCUGUCGCGCCAGCGCUAAACCUAAGCUGCCCGUCGCGCCUGCUCCCAAGGCCACCACUCGCCGCCAGCUCUUUACACCGAACGCUGGCUUUGAGAACGACACGGAGGCUAGAGAAAUAGUGGACAAGGCACUGGACUUGGACAUGCUGGAGGAAUUGGAAAACGACUAUCUGCCUGGCACUCCCGUGUACAAGCGAGUGCAGGAGGUAAGGAAGGAGCUGGGCAUCGAGCGGCAGGUGCAGGUAACGCCACAGGAAAGCCCGAUCCUUAAGUUGCUCGCCCCGAAUAUCGCGUCGCCCAAUGCCUUUGUUCCGCCCAAAGCAACGGAACCACCCAAAUCUACUGCCCGCAAGCCCAGGAAGCAGAAGGAACUGCACCCUGCCUUGAUGACCGAGGGCAAGUGUGGCUUCUUGAAAUCCCUGGAAGGACAAGUGAGCCGUGAACUGGCAGACAGCGAGGCAUUGUUCUAUAGGGAGAAUUUUGCUAAGAACAAGGAGCGGCUGGCAGAGCAUCUGUAUAAUAUGUUCAACGCGGAGGUGUUUAACAAUGAACUGGUUGUGCCAAUCACCUGGUCCAAACGGCUUCGCAACACAGCCGGACGGUGCAUGAACAAACGCAGACAUAAGCAGUGCAGCAGCGUGGUGGAAUUGAGUGUCAAAGUGCUGACCACGGCAGAUCGCCUGCGAUGCACCUUGAUCCACGAACUGUGCCAUGCUGCCGCCUGGGUUUUCAAUGGCGAGGGAGGCCACGGACGAGUGUGGAAGAUGUGGGCCCAGCGGGCUAACGACAAGUUCCCCGACCUGCCGCAAAUCAAGGUCUGCCACAACUAUAGCAUCGAUUUUAAGUACACCUACAAGUGCUUGACCUGCAAUACAAAUUCAAAUGCUCACUCCCGAUCCCGAAAGGUUGAAAACCUACGCUGCAGUACAUGCCGUGGACCCAUCACAUUGUUCCUGAACAAAAAGGACAAGCAAGGAAACAUCGUGUCCAAGCCAGCAGGAGAGGCCAAGGGAUUCGCCAAGUUCGUCAAGGACAACUUCAAGAAGCACAAGCGGGAAAACAUGACCGCCGCUCAGGUUAUGCGCGUUCUAAGCGUGGAGUUCGCCAAGGAGAAGGGUCAGCCGACGGGGGAGACAACGGCGUCGAUCGCCACCCAACUGGCACCGAUAAUUGUGGACGACUAGCUCAAGAAGCUGGAUACUGUCAAUGUUCUCAUUUGAAACAUAAAAUCGGAAUAUACAUAUAUUCCCUAAUAUAUAUGAAAUAUUUUUUAAUAAUUUUUAAUACUUUUAAGUAACAAAAAUCUAAUUCGACACAAUGGAAACAGGACCAU